AUGGCAUCGCUGGUGGUGUGGACGGGUAAUCGCUGGCGACAUGUGUCCCGCUCCGGCGCCGUAUCGGGUUGGCGUCGGCGCGCGCGCAUCUUCUGUUUACGCGGCGGCGCGCUGAGGGAGCUAUCGUUCAAAGAGGCGAUACGGCGUCUACGCCGCGGGCCGGCAUUGCCGCGAGUUGCGGCCGAAUCGAAGAGGAAAGACGAAAAUCACAAUGUAAACAAUUUUAAAUCACCCAUGGAGCUGAAAGAUGCUUUCGUGCAAACUGAGCCAGACUUGGAGCAGACAACGCCCCACACUCAGCACAGAUGUGCACUCACAUCAAAUACAGACAAGGCAUUCUUGAAAAACCCUCUUUCAAAUAAAGAUAAUGACAUUAACAUUGAAGACAAGGAAAACAUGAAUCUCACAAAUAAACGGAUGUUAAACAAUGAUAAUAUGGAAAAACAAACAUCCCCAAUUAAAACAAGCCGAAGUAGUAAACAGGCCAAUAGUGAAAGUGAUGCACCUAUGGCAGUAGUGCAAUCUAAUGUGCAUGUCUGUGAUCCAGUACAGUCAUCAUUGCAGUCUGGGCAAGCUUCUACAGAAUCAGAAACCCAUGAAUUAGUGAUAUCUGAGGAGUGCUUGGAGCUGAUAAGGAGCUACAUUGAGCAUCACAACAUAGGAGUUGACCUGUAUCAGUUUGACAGCAGCGAGGAAUAUCAGAAAGCCGUGCUGUAUAGAUUAAACCCCCUGGUGGUGAUUAAGCGCGACCUGGAAAUGGAACGCCUGCUGCGGAGCGCGCAGGCGCAGAGGUUCGCGUGCGAGCUAGGACUGAUGCCUGCUCCCGUACCAUCUCGCAAACGUGUUUCCUCACAGAACGCGUCUUCACGGGCGCGUAAAGGGUCGUCGAAUAUGAAUUCUAGUGCUGCACCUGCCACUGUGGCGAAGGCUGCGGGCGAUGCGCUAUACAAGACGAGAGGCGAGGUGACAAAACGCCCGCUCAAAAUAACACGGUCGAGCGUGCCGGCGGGCCGCGAGUACUCGUCGCUGGAGGACCACGCGAUCGUGUCGUGGCUGUCCGCGUCCGAGGAACGCGAGCGCGCCGUCAACGGCAACCGCGUCUGGCGCGACUUGCAAGGCCAGUACUUUGCCAUCACCAGGGUCUCGCGGUCGUGGCACUCGCUGCGCAACCGCUACCUGCGCUACAUCCUGCCGGCGCUGGGCUCGUUCGCGCUGCCGCAGCACCAGGUGCGGCGACUGCGGGCCAAGGCCGCGCUCGGCAUGCUGAAGUCGCGCCGUCGCCCUCCGGUCGGGCGGCGCAACUCGCUGUUCGCCGCGCCGGCGCAGAGCAGCGCGUCGGGGCGCGCCCGCGCCGCGCCCACUUCGCCUGCUUCGCCCUCUUCGCCCUCUUCGCCCGCUUCGCCCUCCGGCUCCGGCUCGGACUCCGACUUCGCGCGCCCGCGCGGCCCGCGCCGGGGCCCGCACAAGCCAAGUACGACGGACGUACGGAACGCUGGGCUCCGUGGAACAGGCGAGCCGGCGCCUGCGCAGACGCCGAGCCGGCGCACGCGCUCCGCGACGGCCGGCGACAGCGCGCCGCUCUCCUACAGCGACGUGACGCGCCGCUUCGCCCGCCGCUUCCGCCCCUCCCGCCCCUCCACCCCCGCGCCCGCCGCCGCCUCGCAGCCGGGUGCAGCCGGUGCAGAUGCAGGUGUUAGUGCUAGUGCCGGUGCGACCUUAAGGCCGCGCACCCGACGGCUCUACAACCCGUAAAAGCACCGACGCCCUUGGACGCGCGAACGUUUAUUAGCGGGUGGAUUGUGCAAAGAAUUUUUGACUAUUGAACGACAGCCCACUGCCGAGCAGUGGUCUCGUUGUCAAUAAGGAUUAUUGUACGGUAUUGGUGUGCAAUAUUUUUGGUUGUUUAUAUUUGACCUAGUCCCGACUUGUCACAGAAGUUUUUUAGUCCAUAUACUUGCCACGUAUAUCGAUUCAUGAUACAGCCCACUGCUGGGUACAGGACGCUCAUUUAAUUAAGUACAAUUGAAGACUGUAACUUAUGUAUUGUUUCUUAAUUUAUGUUAUGUGUCUUAUUAAACUAAUUUCGUAGGUAAUUUUUUGUCAUGAGCAUUUAAUUUCCGUUAUGAUUACGUGUAUUGGUAACAAACAGGGUUCUGUACUUAUUUUGAUAAAUAUACCUCGGUAACUAAAUCAAUUUGGAACAACAAAAUGCUACCGAUAGCGACAUCGUGCCAUGUGUUUGUAUCUGAGACGUAUUCAGACGUGCCAAAUGUCAAUCUCAAAAACGUCAUAAGCCAAAUUGUUUUGCCUCAGAUUUUUCUUGAUAUUUAUUUAGUUUUCUCACUGCUGUUUGUAAUUUUUAGUCAAAAAUUUAGGAGAAAAGUUAUUAUCGGAUAAUUAUCAAAGAAAAUUAAUAUAUUGAUGAUUUUGAACCCUAGUAACAAGCGAUACACGUUCUUAUGCCUUAUAUCUAUAUAAUUGUGACUUCUGUUGACAAUUGACAAUAACACAUUGAUUGCGUGUGAUUGUCAGUGGUGUAUUUUGAAAUGUGUAAAUAGGUAAACCUCGUAAUUCCAUUGAUGUGAACUGUUGAGUGGCACAAAAAAGACGGAAUCACUGUAAAUAAUGACAAUCUAUGGAGGUAUAAUCCUCCAUUUUAUACCUAAGAGCGCGUAGCGCCACUUUGAGCUAUUUGUCGCCAAGGUCUGAGGGGCAUUGCCUUUGCGCCCGUCACCGAGACACAAGUUGAUAAGUAUCAUAUGCCUGUCAUGUCAUUUCACCAGCAACCUUACCCUUCAAAACCGGAACGCAGUAAUGCUCGCAUUACUGCUUGGCGGCAGAAAUUGGUAAGGCGGCAGCGACUAAGUCUAGUUUUUUUGCGACUAGAAUCGACUAAAUAGCGACUUUUUAUCUGGCUAGUGAAAUUUCAAAAAGUCGUCCGUGGUCACGUUGGAAUAACGCACGCAAAGUGUAAGUACUUCCCUGGAAGAACUCUUUCAGAAGGAGCUCUGCUGCUACAAAAAUGAUUAUGUCGUCGACCCGGAUCUCGCUCGACGGAACAAUAAACACAGUAGAAAUGGUUAGUUAGCAUCACACGCGUGCCAACAGUAGGUAGGUCUAAUGAGGCCUACUGGGGCUCGGUCCGCCAUUAUCGCUUUGUAAGGCAUGGUUGUGACAAUUAUUUCGUGCAAAUUCUCUAUAAUAUGCUGUUUAUAUAUUUAUAUAUUAUAUGUUUAUAUAUUAUAUACUAUGCUGUUUUGGAGUGCCCAAAUAUGAUAGCCGUACCAAAACUAUUACCCGUGGUGGUAUUUCAUGUCAUCGGUAAGUCUUAUUUUAAUCAAUUUUGCGCGCUCCAUGGCCUUUAGUGCAACUCGUAUUCGGUGCACAGUUUCCUUAGUGACCGUCCAUGUUUCGGCACCAUAUAAAUGUCAUUGUUCAUUGUAUUGUAACUGUAUAAUCUCAGUAAAUAUUAAACGUUUAUUAAAU